AUGCCAUCUCCUGCACCAACCAUCCUGGACUCUGGAUUUUUCGAUCACGGUUGCGACGACUCUGGUUCACGCCAGGUUAGAUCCAGGGCUGGAACCGUUGUGAGCAACUGCAGCGAGAGUUACUUUCAACAACAAUACUUCGACUCCCCUGCUAGUCAACCGCUUUCGAGCCCUUGCCUGACCUCGCAGUCAACUUCUUCGGCUUCUUCUUCGACGUCUUCCGCCCCCUACCUCAGCCCUAUCCCCUCCAACUACCUCUCCACCUCUCUCCCCAACAACUACUCUCCUUUUCCUGGCUUGUCACCCGAGAUCCUUAGUAGCGAGUGGACCGAACAGGACCCGACGGCUGUAGACCCUACGAUAACAGACCCCACAACUACUGCGGGGUUGAUGAGAACUGCCACUUUCCCGCUUGAUUCCACAUUCGCGAUGGGCAAGCAAAACUCUUACCCUUGGCCAGCCGUGAUGUCAACGAGCCCAAACAGUACCCCAGCAAACUUCCUCCCACACGACCUUGCUCUGGGUUCCAGCGCCGAAGCAGAGUUUGCUGCGACUGUCCGAUCGAGAUCUCGGACAGGAAGCCCGCAGGGCCAUUCUACAUUGACCCCUGAACAGCGAGAACUAAAGAGACAAAUGGACCAAGUGCGGAGGGACAACAAAUCCGCUUCCCGGUUCAGGAGGUCGAACAGCAACCCCUACGUUCCAGAUUCUUCCUCUGCCCUUAACAUGCCCAUCUACACCUCCUCCAUGGCACCCAUCUCGCUGCUGGCCGAACCCGCCAACACCGUUCCCAGCCAAAGCUACCUAUCCCCCUACUCUCAGCAACUUCCAGAGCAAGACCCGGGCGGUUUGUCAAACGUGCCGAUGUACGCGUCGUCUCUACCCCAUCAGCCACUACAACCCGCUUACACCAUGCCAAUGGCGUACCCCGCAACACUACAAGCGCCAGACUCGAACUAUAGCCAUCCACGUUCGAAUUCGUACUCGACAGGAAGCGAGUCCAACCUCAUGUACUCUAUGGCACCGAGCAUGCCGCCAAAUAGCCUUCCUGUGACGGGACACGAAGCGGGCCAGGUCAGAGUGGUACAGACCAGACCGAAACCGCAGUGCUGGGAGCAUGGCUGCAACGGGCGACAGUUUUCGACGUUUAGCAACCUUUUGCGACACCAGCGCGAGAAAUCGGGUCAAGCAGCUAAGGCGACCUGCCCCAACUGUGGGGCCGAGUUUACGAGAACGACGGCGCGGAACGGACAUCUCCUCCAAGGCAAAUGCAAGAAGAGGAACGCGUCAGACGAUGCCGGCCAACCGAUGACUAGGUCACCAUCUGCCUCCUCUCUCGCGGAUGACAUGCGGCAAUUACAAAACCCAGCACUGACGAAUUAA